GGGUUUUAAGGGUGCGUCAACUGCAGUGGAUAUUUGCCUCAUUUUCAGUUUGUAAAUUAUCAGAAACAACCUCAGAUAAGUUAUGGGAGCGGAGAAAUGUGUUCCAAGAAGCUGACGUGGGACUGGCUGGUGUAUGAGACAUGGCGUGGGGAGAAUUAGGACUUCUGAGGAGGCAGGAGGCUGCUGGAUACAGUGGAUUGUUCGGGGAAUAUAUCUGUUCAAAUGUCCUAGAAUAUCCAACAUCGUGGCAAUAUCGCCGAGAAAAAUUUAGCGAGGCAAUUUUAUGUGUUAAUUGUCAGCCAGGACAAUGUAUGUCAUGUGGCUGCAGGAACAAUCCGGCGCACGCACACACUCCUUUUCUUGAUUGCUCGUGUAAUCAAGAAAACGAGUGCGGGAAGCAGAGGGUAUUUAAUGAGCACUCAAGUAAUCAAGAAAGCGAGUGCGUGUAAACGAGAAAAGAUUGUUCCACUCCCCCUGCCUGCCACUUUGACUGCACUCUCAUUUAGAAUUCAUGGAUCACAAUGACGUUUAAAGAUGUCUUAUUUUGAUUUCGUGAAGGUCAGGAGAGAUCACUGACUUAAUGACCUUAAUAAACUUUUUAUUUUAUGCAGCAUGUCACCUAGUGCAGUUCUUGGCUCCGAUUUCGAAUUCAAAUAUCUCAACAACCUCAAAGUUCUUUGGUCGUUGUUAUAUUGUUAAGGUCAAAUAAGGUCACUGACCUGAUAUAAGCGCCAAUUAACUUUUGCUUGCUUUUACGCGGUGUGUAGGUUUAAACUGGUUGUGUGUGGAGGACCGAGGGCACUUUGGGCAUAUAUCUUCAGUUUGAUCUAAUUUGCUCCGAAGGCUGCAUAGAUGGUAUCUUUUGUCGUUUUUGCACACUCGUUUUCUCGAUCGCUUGAGCAAUCAAGAAAAUGCUCUUUUCCCCGCAUUUGUUUUCUUGAGCUUUUUUAGCAUUCAAGAAAACGGGUUCAUGCUCACCCUAGAAUGUUCUUUUUGGCACACAAAGUGCAUUGUCCUGACUGGCAACCAAGGAGCCUCAAAUUUGACAUCAGUGGGUUCACAGCGCCACGUAACCGAGCGCGGCGCAUUCAGCCGGUCGCCAAACAACUUGGAACUGAAGUCAAGGCUUCAUAUACUGAGGAACCAAAGCUUUCGCAUCGCCACGCACGUGCCUGAGCGGCCAGGUUCCGCUUCAGUGCCUAGUCUGUCACAGAGGGACUGCGCUGCGGCUGGUAAAAGGAGUGUUCAUGGAUUGAAAAACCCAACAAGGGUCUAGUUAUCCAACACUACAGGUUUCCAGCGACAAGGUGGCGCGCAGGGUCAUGCAGAGCGAAAGACGGUGCAGGAACGCAGUCAGUAUUGGGCCAAUAGAGCACGCAACGUAGACCCAAAGAGCAAAAUCCUUGAAGAUAUUGUAUAGGUGAAACUUGACAAAGCAACAAGCGGCUAGCGAUGGGCUACGGGCGCAACGCGCGGUGUGACACGUAGCACUCAGUCCAUACUUGCGAAGGAAGCGGGGCCUUUCACUCUCACACUUGAGCAAAAUUGCCGUGAAAUUUGAUCUUACCCUGCCGGACUCCUUUUGGGGAUCGUUAGUCGACAUUCACGGACAAAGCCUCGCUUCCAUUGUCCUACAGGUUACAGAAAAACUCCGCUCCACGUUUUCCCUGUCUGUUGCCGAUCCAGUGACCAUCUUGGAGACGGGUAACAGCGCUGGAUUGUUCGCACGGGUUUUCCAGCUCGCGAGUAUAGCCAAUGGCAAUGGAGAUCUGAAAACCUCGUCGGCUUUCAGAAGAACUUGCUCGGCAAUGGAAAGAAGGCAUUUUUGUAUGCCAUGCCGCCGAUCCUUAUACAGUUAUAGGGGCUGCCUGCAAAAUGUGCCAGUCGGUUCGCCUCAAUUCCGUCGUCAGGCCUGAAAUAUACAUCAUCUGUUUGACAUGUCUUGCAGACUGUGCCAUGUAGAAUCGCAAUUCCGGCCGAUAUUGAGCAUCCUGUAUCGUAUGACAAGAAACAGGGACUGUUUUGCAGGAUAUGGCGUUUGUUGUGCCAAUCGUUUGUUAUGGACGUGAACGCGAACGCUCUGGACAUGAAACGUGAGCCAUAUACUCGGCCUUUGAGUUUUAGAUACGCAAAUACCCGGUCGCAAGUACCAAAACCACAGCGUCCAUUAUUUACUCGUAACCAGAAUUACAAACAGGACGCAUGUGGCGUGCGUCUGGCACCCAGAGGGUCAGAGAGAGUUCCCAGAGGGUCAGAGAGAGUUUCCAGAGGGUCAGAGAGAGUUCCAAGCUCCUCUUCAAGUCCAAAGAAGCAGUUCAGGUCCAGAUGGAGGCGUCAGUUUCACGUGUCUUUGAUUAUUUUGCAUUGUGCAUUGGUUGAAUAGAGAAACUUCUGAUGCUCUUGGGUGAAUUCUGGCUUUGAGAUCCCUUUUGUAUUUUGCCCUGGUUGAUCCUGCCAGGAGUGCAUGACUGAUGCAAACCGUACUCUGCCAAAUGCCCUGUUUUCCAAUUUUGUCAUCACGUCUUUUAGCAUCCUUGUUUUGUACAAAUCAUCACGUUCGGAGCCCCAUCCUAAUGAGAACGCAGUGGAAAGAAACCCCUUUUUGCUUCCAAAGGAAAGGUGUUUUCCGUCCAGCGUAUUUCUCCAAAUGUAUGUUUGUGUCAUGUCACACAUGUAUAUGCACAUUUUGCGUACUUCUGCCGCAUAAGUAACACUCGCCAUUAUCAUAAUCUGUCUGUCGUGCCAGCCUAGAACAAAGCGCUGAUCAGAGGUCAUGCUAACAGCGUCCCGUGAUGGAUAUGGAUGCAAAGCCUUCCCUGCUGCGGGUCCUGGGUCAGAUAUAGAUCAAAAGGAUGAUGGUAUGGGUGACUUAUGGCAUUUGACCAGGUGAAAAGUUGAAACAGCCCCAUUUCACGAUCCUUUUUCCGAUUCCUGGAUCGUGCCGCCGCACGUACGAGAUUAAGAGCUUGUGGGUCGGGCUGAUUGAUCGGAACCCACCGCGCCCCGAGAUGAUACCUCUAGCCCGAUGACACCCGGGGAGGGUGCCGGGGGAAAGGGCGGGACAUCACCUGCGGCUGCCGAGCCGCACCAGUCACCCCGACCGCGACGGUGGCGCGCGCGGCGGUUUGCCACCGAACCACGGUCGCGAGUCGAUGGUUCGGUCCGUCGCAGUGGGGCAACGAGCGGGCCGCACCGGUGACACGUGGAUCGCAGGCGGCCACCGCCACGCGCCGCCAACAUGUCGAACACCCUCUCCUAUCUCAAGACGAAGCUGCUGACCCCGUACUCGGCCGUCAGCCAGGCGCCCUGGGUGAUGGACCCGGUAUCGGAGAACACCGACGAGCCGCCCCGCGACCCUGGCGCGGGGCGUGCCCACCACAGCUACACGGACAAGGACUUCGAAGGUCACCGAGCGCACACUCUGUUCGUGAGCGUGAACCCGCCGCCCUCGGGUCACCACCGGCCGCACCACCGGUCCCGCCGCCGUCACCACCGGCACCAGAACCGCGAUGGUGACGACGACCGCCCGACCGGGUCACACGACCGGCCACCGAACGGCAGAGGGCGCCGCCAAAUUCGGCGCUCACCUGAACGUGCCGGGCGCGGCCACGGCCGGCGACAGCUCGGCUGACCUGCACGCCAGCCCCAGCGGCGUCUCGCUGCCCGACACCAACGGUCACGUCAACGGCAGCUCCAACGACAUCGCCAAGCGUACAACGGCACGCUGAACGGCACCGAGUGUCCGGGGCUUCACGACGAGGAGCACCCUCUGAACGCGGCGACGCACGGCUGCUCCGACGUGUUCCUCAUGUCCAUCCUGCUCUUCAUCUGCACCUUCCUGCUCGCCAUCAACCUCAAGGACUUCAAGGCAUCCUCGUUCUUCCCAACCAGGGUCCGCGCGUUCAUCAGCGACUUCGGCGUCAUCAUCGCCAUCGUGCUGAUGACGACAGUCGACUUCUUCUCCGGCAUUGAGACGCCCAAGCUGUCGGUGCCGGAAAAGUUCGAGCCGACGUGGGAGGGGCGCGGCUGGCUCAUCCCCUUCUUCAACGGCAACGCCUGGUGGACUGCGCUGGCGGCCAUCGUGCCGGCGUUGCUCGGCGUCAUCCUCGUCUUCAUGGACCAGCAGAUCACGGCCGUCAUAGUCAACCGCAAGGAGCACAAACUGAAGAAGGGCGGCGGCUACCACCUCGACCUGUUUGUGCUGGCUAUCCUGGUCGCCAUCAAUUCGAUUCUGGGCCUGCCCUGGUUUGUGGCAGCCACUGUGCUGGCCAUCAACCACGUCAACUCGCUCAAGCUGGAGUCGGAGUGCGCCGCUCCCGGCGAGAAGCCGCAGUUCCUCGGCGUCAGGGAGAACCGGGUGACGCACGUGCUGAUCUUCAUCACCAUCGGCCUGUCCGUGCUGAUGACGCCGUUGCUCAAGCUGAUCCCCAUGCCGGUGCUGUUCGGCGUGUUCCUCUACAUGGGCGUCAGCGCACUGAAGGGCCUGCAGUUCUUCGACCGCAUUCUGAUCAUGUUCAUGCCGGUCAAGUACCAGCCGGACUACACGUUCUUGCGACAGGUACCUCUGAAGCGGGUCCAUCUGUUCACCUUUAUACAGCUGCUGUGCCUCGUGGUGCUCUGGGUCAUCAAGUCCAUUUCGUACACAUCAAUUCUGUUCCCGAUUAUGCUGGUGGUGAUGGUCGGCAUCCGGAAGCUGCUGGAGCGGCUGUUCACGUCGGGCGAGCUGCGGGUGCUGGACGACGCCAUGCCCGAGUUCACGCGCAAAAAGAAGCAGGAGGAGAGCGAUUGGAGGGAGGAAGAGCAGCAGGCGUUGAUGGAGGUGACGGUGGGCGUUCAGCAGGAGUGCGGCAAGCUGCCCAUCAACGAGUCCGGCAACCUGACCAUCCCUCUGGCCAGUGGCAACGUCAUGCGGAUCCCGCUGGACAGCGUCAACAUCUCGGAGGAGGUCAACCGCUCCGGCAUCUGGCUCGGCAUUAACAAGGAGAACAAGCAGCCCAAGCCGCGCGACGCUGACGGCAAGCCCGUCGGCGAGGACGGGCGCAAGGAGGAGCGAAAACACCGCAGCCAUCGCCGCCACAAAAACGGCAAGCGGGAGCAGAGCAUUGAGGACCCGACGGCGACGCGCCUGUCCACCAUGCACGAGGAGGAGGAGGAGGACGCGGGCAUCACCAUCCAGCGCAGAAGAGAUCUGUUAAGAAUCGAGAGGAUAAGCUCUGAUGAGAAGUCCAGCUCCGGUUCGGUGAACAAGAAAAGCUCAGAAACUGUUGUGUAACGUCCGCGAACUUAGUCCCAUUGUGCUCUCGCGCGCCACAGAGACGUCGACGGCCGGCGAAGGCAGCAGAACUUCCGUGAUCGCCCGCCAGGUGUCAGAGGGAAUAGUGUCCCAGUGCGGUGCGUCGUUUUAGCGAAGGCAGCACCCGCUGGCGCUUCCAGGCCGACGGUGUACUGUCGCGGCGGGGUUGUGUAACGGCUAGCACGCGCCAGGCCUGUGAGCAUCGAGAGUGAAAUUAAUGUUCCCGUCCCCGCGGCCGUUACCGAGCGCCCCAUCAGGGCCCCGUCCCUCCUCUUCCGACCCGGGGCCCGCAGUGGUCGCGGCGCCCGCGGGCAGCCCGGCCGGCCCGACGAGGCGACGGAUCCGGAUCAGAUUCGGGUCCGACGGGCGCCGGUGCGCUCCGGUCCGCACCGCCAGGCCGUGGGUGGGGCCCGCCCGGUAGAGAGGCGCUGUCGGCCGGUGACGGACCCGACCCGAGGUCGCGAAGGCCGCCAUCGUCCGGCCAACCCGACCCGACCUGUCCCGUCCCGACCUGACCUGACCUGACCUCUUGGAGGGGCCGCCACGACGGCGCGUAGAUUCGUCUGUCCUCGCUUGUGAUAGGGUCGGAUGCGAUCGGUGUUAGCGGCCGGCUGACGUUUCGACUCGUCUUGACUCGCCUCGACUCGUUUCGACUCGUCUGGUCUUGCCUCGACUCGUUUGAACUCGUCUCUGUGGCGCUGCCCGCGGCAGGAGGUGAGCGGCGAGGGUUGUGUCGUUUUAUCUGGCGGACGUCCUGGCGACUCCGAACGUUUUUUUUUUCUCGGUUGCUCCGCGGGUUUGGAUGACGCGCCUAGCUGUGCUGACACUAACACCCGUAGUCCUGCUUUUUGACCCACUAAACCGUUUCGUAUCGCCGCCCCUGACGCCGCGUGAGGUUAGGCGUCCGUUUUACAGACUGAAUGCGUUGUGUAACCGGUGCAAUGUGUUAGGUGCUGCCGCCGUUGGGGGCAGCACACGGCCGCGUCCACCGGAGGUCCAAGCGGCUGGCGCGCGAUUUUCAGUUUUGCGCGCUCGACUGUGCCGCGAGCCGUUCCGCGUCAUUUUAUCUCAUUCUUGGUAGAGCCAUGCGUCCCUGAGAAAGCCAGCAUAAACCCUACAUAUUGGUGCGUGUCGCUGCGUUCCGUUCCGUUCCGUUCCGUUCCGUUCCGUUCCGAGCGCCGGUCCCGGCGCGAGCGAUCUCUUGGCUUGGAGACGGCGUGCCGGUCAUACAAACGAUAAUACAGUGGAGGGCGGACGGCGACGGCGCGUCGCCACCGCGUCCGCGUCAGCCGGCCUAUAUGUAGGGCUUUCCUGUGCGCGUGUGUGCGAGUGUGGAAGCGCGUGUGAGCGUGCCACUGUAGGGCGGGCGCCGGGCCGCGGUCGGACCCGGCGCGGCGCGCUCGUCGCGUUCGUCGGGAGUGACGCGGCGCCGACGGUUGGCCGAUCUUGGUGUUUUGUUGUCGCCAGCGGGGUCUAGGACGGCGAAAUAAACGGAACGUGUACCGUG